CCGGCAAGCAAAACCGGCUUUCCACCGCAGAUUGCACACGCAGAGAAUCCAAUCUCCCACCACCAUCACCGUCACCGCUUGUAGCCUGUUGGUUCCUCCCACGCUUCCACUCGUCUUCUUCCACGGCUUCCGCGCCCUGCUGCCCCUCCCCCAAUACCAGCCUAAACCCAGCGAGCACGCACCCAAGUAACCAACGCACGCAAAGGUACACGCACGAGCGCACAUCCUCUUCUCUUCUCCGGCGCGUCAGGGACCAGGAGGCACAAGAGGAAGGAACCCCUUUGCUUGAUCAAGAACAAUCGAGGAGAACCCAAAAGUGCAGCCUUUUACCAGUUUGCUUCGAUUCCAUCAACUGCAAGAUCCGCAACGACGACGACGACGAGAGGUAUUCCCUUCUACGACGGCACGGCCACCGAGGCGGCGUCGCCGCGAUGGGUUCUCUGGCGCUGAGGCGUAACCCGCCGCCGCCUUUCUCCAAGUCGCCGGGCUCCCUGCUGCUGCUCUCCAAGUCGCUCACCCUCUACUGCUGAGCUGAGCUGAGCACCCCCGGCGGUUGCUGUCGCUCGGCUCAUGGGCGGCGUGGCCUCGUCGGCGAGAGGGGGACGGGGAGGUGACGGCACGGUGCUGGGGGACUUGCCGGAGAGCUGCGUCGCGGAGGUGCUGCUCAGGCUGGACCCGCCGGAGAUCUGCCGGAUGGCGCGGCUCAGCCGCACGUUCCGAGGGGCCGCGUCCGGGGACGGCGUCUGGGAGUCCAAGCUGCCGAGGAACUACGCUCGCCUCCUGGCCGCUGCCGCGGCCGGCGUUGGAGGAGAGCGGCAGGCCGCCGCCGCCACGGCGCUUGAGGCGGAGACGCUGCCCAAGAAGGAUGUGUACGCGCGGCUGUGCCGCCGGAACCGCUUCGAUGGCGGCAAAAAGGAGUUCUGGCUGGACAAGGGUGGUGGAGGUGUCUGCAUGUCAAUCUCGUCAAUGGCACUUUCAAUAACGGGCAUUGAAGAUAGGAGAUAUUGGAAUUUCAUUCCCAAUGAUGAAUCAAGAUUUCACACGGUUGCUUAUCUCUCACAAAUUUGGUGGUUCGAAGUCAGAGGGGAGGUUGAAUUCUGCUUCCCAGAAGGUACUUAUAGCCUUUUCUACCGUGUUCAUCUAGGCCGACCAUUCAAGCGGCUUGGAAGACGGGUUUAUAGCUCAGAGCACAUCCAUGGCUGGGACAUAAAGCCAGUGCGCUUCCAAAUGUCAACUUCCGAUGGACAGCAAGCUCAAUCCAAGUGCUAUUUUACUGAUCCGGGUGUCUGGAUCAAUCACCAUGUUGGGGACUUUGUUGUGAAGGACUCGAACAAACCGACAAACAUCCGGUUUGCGAUGAUUCAAAUUGACUGCACGCACACGAAAGGAGGCCUCUGCGUGGAUUCAGUGGUGGUGAAACCGCAGUACCUCACGCAGCAAAAAGCACCUCGGCGUUUUGUGUAGAUCUGUCAAACAAGUGGUAUUGAUACACUUAGAGAUAUGCAUAUGCUCCAUAGUUUUUGUUCUUUAUACAGAAGUGUGGUUGCAUUUACACAAAAUUUUCCAGUCCUGUAAUGUAACUGAAGGGGCAGGUGAUUUUUGGUUCCUCUUGUCCCUCAUGCUACACAUAUGUAAAUUGUACCCUUUUGAACUUUGAAAUGUAUAUCUGGUGUAUUCUGCUGUGCACCUUGCCCUUGUGUA